CCCAAAUGUCAAAUUAUAAAUAAUUAUCUAGAAGUAAUGGCUCCCCUUUUUAGGACGUCCCCGAGAAAAUUUUUGCAGUCGUGUUUUAUUUUAUACCGAAGUUAUUGUGACAAGAAAAAAGUUAAAAAAACACUAACAAAAGAGUUUUCACAGACAAGAACUCUUAACCUGGAUCAAAGCGCAGCUAUUAUAACAGGUGGCGCGGAAGGAAUUGGGUUGGCCAUAGCAAGAGUUUUCUUAAAAUGUGGAAUAUGUGGAAUCGCAGUGGCAGACUGCAAUAAAGAAAGAGGACGAGAAUGUAUUAGAAACUUAGCAUGUGAAUUUGGCGAUAACAAGAUCCUUUUCUUUGAAGGGGACAUGUCGCAUUCUAAGUUAUUUGAUCGAGUUUUUAAAGAAACUUUGAACCACUUUGAAAGGGUCGACAUCGUCAUUAACAAUGCUGGCAUAAUGAACGACUGCAACUGGGAAAGUCAGCUAAAUUCUAAUUUGGCAACUACAAUAGUUGGAACUUUGCUCGGCAUGCAGUAUAUGUCCAAAACAUCAUUUGGCCAAGGAGGCACCAUAAUCAACAUGGCAUCCAUCAUGGGUCUAAUUCCGUCAACAGGUUAUCCCGUUCAUACGCUAACUCAAUUUGGUAUUGUUGGGUUUUCACGUGCCAUUGGUGCCGUUAACCAUUAUGACAGGACUGGUGUGAGAGUCACGGCUCUCUGUCCGGGUUUGACCAGUACAAAGUUACUAAAACAAGCCCCUUAUCACGCCAUCAACGAAAACUUCCGAAAAGAGUUUAAAGAAGAAUCCGGAGGAUGCACUCUCCAAAAGCCCGAAAGUGUCGCUGUUGCCACUUUGGACAUUUUAGCUGACGCUUUGCCAGGAUCUGUUUGGGUUGUAGAAAACGACAGCAAACCUUAUGAGAUUCGGUUUCCCGAAGUAGCUGACUUACGAUUUAAAAAUAAAUGCUAAAUUACAUUGUAAACGUUUGUAAAUCGUACACAUGACUUUCAGAGUGGAUCGUUUUGUCUUGUCGUAGUCUCGUGAAAUUAGUGCUUAAUGUUUUCAACAUGUGUGUUGUGAAAAAUUAUGUAAUUAGAUAAUGG